AUGUUGCGUCUCUCAUGUGUGCUUGGCUUCUUUAUAAUAUAUAUAUAUAUAUUAUUUUAUUUUAAUGAACUUAAAAAAAAAAAAAGAGAGGUAGAGUGUAUGGAGGAUGAUCUUUUCCUUCUGAUUCAUUUUGACGGCGACGGUGCUGUUACAUUGGAUGAGACUACGCGGUAUUUUGAACGAAAUGGCUUUAUGCGGGACAAGGACAGUGCACUGAAUGAGAAGGGCACACCGCUUGUUUUUUUCAAGGAGACACGUAUAGAUGUGACGGCAUUCCGCGAGUUGGUAAAACUUUUGUGUGCUCAUUGCCGGGUCACUCUUGGCAAGGUCUGGAGCGUGUGUGUGGAACAAGCUCUCUACUCCGUGUUCCGCGCCAAUGCCCUGGUGCCCGAGAUGGUUGUGUCGCGAAAGGCUAUGGAACAGCUUGAGCAACACAUCAUGAGACAUGGCGAGACGCCUCCGCCUGAUGCAGCACUGUUCACAGGGAAUACUUUUCCCGAGUACCUGGACUAUGGCGAAUUUAUCGAGUACUUUCUGGUGCGAUGGCCAAAUUUGUCAAGGGCAAAGGUGGCAGCGCUGUUGCGGCACGCCGGUGCCGAACACUUCCACGAGGUGCCGCCUUCCGGCCCGGAGACGGAAAUCAUCGAGGAUGGGGCGGUCGAUCAAACACAGACUGAGGAGGGAAGAGAAGGUGAAAUGGAGCAGCUGCUGCGGUACACCGCACAACUCAAGGCAACACUGCGCUUCAGGGAAGAGGCGGUUGAGAAGGCCGACGAAUUGGCAGCGCAGAACACCAUUCUUCUUGAGACGUUAGCCGUGGCCGAGGAGGAACACAUGCGAUCCCAGGAGCAGAUCAAGAAUUUGUCAAGAAAACUUCAGGAACUCCAGUCGGAAAUUGGAAAAAACUUUUCCAUUCCUCACACUUCCUUUUCCCCCACUUUCUCAGAGAGUUAUGCCUGUUCUGUGGGUGAGGUAUCGAACGAUGAUGCGAGGAUGCUUUCUCUUGUCCAACGUUUUUGUCGUAAGCGAGAGCAGGCGGAAUUGUCAAAAGAGUUGUUUCUGCAGGAGAAGGCGUCACAGCUCGAGAAGCAAAGUGAGUUUCUUUUGCAGUGGGAGGAGGCGCUACACACGAAAGAGGGCGAGAUGGUUCAACACGAGCUGGAGGCCAGGAAACGUUGGUCCGAGGCCUUCCUGCGCAAAGAACGGCGGUUGGAACGCCUGCAGGAGACAUUAGAGCUGAAGAGACUUGAGAUCGCUGCGCGUGAGGCGGCGAUAGAAAAACGCCGGUUUGCCCAACUUGAACGGGAUCGCGAGGCUGGUGAGUUAUCGCUUGGCGAGAGGCGUCGGCGGAUGCAGCAGCUUCAGUUCAUUGAAGCGGAGCUGCACAAACGUGAGGAAAGAGCACUGGCCAGGGAGGGGGAGGGCCUCCGGCACGCCGUGGGUUUUGGGGAACACCAUCGACUCCGGAGGCCCGUGCAACAACUGGCCCGCGGCCACAUGGAAAAUAUCGGAGAAUCACAGCCAACGGACGGCGGGGCCAUGGAUAGCCGCGUGUUGUCACCAUCCAAGUGUCGUACCCCGUACCUAUCGCUUUUAUCGUAG